CCCCGUUCCAUAUCGUCCCCUAGCUCCUGAAUCUUUUCUUCCCCCUCCCUACCUAUCCCCUCGCCUAUCGACCCUUCCCACCAUCAGAAGAAAUCUCGGUCCCCCCACGCGUUCGGAUCAAGUUUCAGCGGUGCGUGCGUAAGUAAGUUCAUCGGAACAGGAAGAUGGGUAAAACGUGGGCGCUCGUCACCCACCUCCACGCUCUCGCAGGGCCGACGCUCACUCUGAUUUACCCUCUGUACGCAUCAAUCUGCGCGAUGGAGAGCACGUGCAAGCUGGACGACGAGCAGUGGCUGGCCUACUGGAUAAUCUACUCCUUCAUCACCCUCUUCGAAAUGGCCGCCGAGAACGUCCUCUACUGGAUACCGCUGUGGUACGAGGCGAAGCUGCUGCUGGUGGCGUGGCUGGUGCUGCCGCAGUUCAGGGGCGCCUCCUUCAUCUACGACAAGCUCGUCAGGGAGCAGCUGCUGAGGCACGGGGUGAGGCUGCACGAUCGCCACGGCCACACCGGUGAACACGAGCCGCCGCACGUCCUCAACCUCAAGGCUGAGCAUGGCGCGCACUGAGGAGCCCAACAAUCCGAGAAGUAACCUGAUGACCGGCACCGGCCGGAGUGGUUCCGUCUUGCCGUACGAAAGGGCAAACGGUUUGUGCUGUAACAACAUUGCGAGAACACUGGGGCAUUGCAUCCGAUCCACCAAUCUGUGCUCAGCAAGCUAACUCCGAUGGUCCUGAUUGUUCAGCGGGAGGAGCGAGUGCUCCUGUUCUUUGUCACGAAUAAAUCCGAACAGAAAUUGCAUUGCUGU